AUGACUGUCAUGGCGCUCAAGGGCCGUGGAGACAUCGCCCUCCUGUGUCUGGUAUACAGGGAAACACUCGAUGACAAUUACGAAUCGCUCAUUAGGGAAUUGAGUAAAAGAUACAACUUAGUACGGUUACCAACAGCCUCAGUUGCACGUACAUAUCUAGCGAAUCACAGCCCGAAGAAAAUCAUUGUGACAGACGGGGGCAUAAGCGAGCCAGAAAACCAAGACAUAGCGAAAAGGCUAAAGUCCUAUCUUGAGGAUGGUGGAUCGGUAACAUUCGCGCUGGACUUUGCCAGCUCUAUUGAUGGAGAUGAAUUUAACAAUCUCUUUGGUCGGAAAUUUGGCACACCCUGGGAGUAUGACGGCCGCUGCAAGACCAUUUGUAGAUUCGUUGGAAACUGCAUUGUCCCAGCCGGACCGGUCCCUAAUUGCUCCUAUGAUAUGGAGGCACAUCUUAUCAAGAACGCUUCACCUAUCGAGCGAAUUGUUGUUCCGCUACGAAGUUCCAUGCAAAAGCUCACCUGGAAGACUGAAUGUACCGGUGGAUCUGUACACUAG